GAGGGAAAUAGGGGGCGGCGGCAAGGUGGGAGGGGACCGAUGGGCUGGAGUGGCCGGCGGCGGCUGGGUGGGGACUGGGCCGGCGGGAGGAAAUUUUGGCAGGGGCGGGUUGGGCUGUGAAGCCGGCGGCUUGUAUAUUCUAUCUCUAUUUAAGAUAUCUGGGCAUGAUGGAGGAACUGGAGCUAGCCCUGUAAGCUCUAUUAAACAUGCUGGUGGACCAUGGGAGCUUGGAUUGACAGAGACACAUCAGACACUUAUCGAAAAUGGACUUAGAGAAAGGAUUAUUCUGCGAGUGGAUGGUGGAUUUAAGAGUGGAUUUGAUGUCCUUGUGGCUGCAACAAUGGGCGCUGAUGAGUAUGGUUUUGGAUCUGUUGCUAUGAUAGCAACAGGUUGUGUAAUGGCACGCAUUUGUCACACAAAUAAUUGCCCAGUUGGAGUUGCAAGUCAGAGAGAAGAGCUUCGUGCCCGCUUCCCUGGUGUUCCUGGUGAUCUGGUCAACUAUUUCGUGUAUGUUGCCGAGGAGGUGAGAGGCACUUUGGCUCAGCUGGGCUACGAGAAGAUGGAUGAUAUAAUUGGGAGAACUGAAUUGUUGAAACCAAGACAAGUUUCUUUAACAAAGACUCAACACAUUGAUCUCAGCUAUAUUUUAUCGAAUGUAGGCCUACCAAAGUGGAGCAGCACUGAAAUAAGGAAUCAGGAUGUCCACAGUAAUGGUCCAGUCCUAGAUGAAAUUAUACUUUCUGAUCCUGAGGUAGUUGAAGCAAUUGAACGUGAGAAGGAGGUAACAAAGGCAGUGGAAAUUCACAAUGUUGAUAGAGCUGUUUGUGGGCGUAUAGCUGGUGUGAUUGCUAAACAAUAUGGAGAUACAGGCUUUGCAGGACAACUAAAUAUAGUUUUCAAUGGAAGUGCUGGGCAAUCCUUCGGCUGUUUCUUGACUCCUGGAAUGAAUAUACGGCUUGUGGGAGAGGCUAAUGAUUACGUAGGAAAGGGUAUGGCUGGUGGAGAGCUUGUUAUUACUCCUGUUGAGAACACUGGCUUCUCUCCAGAGGAUGCUGCCAUUGUGGGAAACACCUGUCUAUAUGGUGCAACAGGUGGUCAAGUCUUUGUUAGGGGAAAAGCUGGUGAACGUUUUGCUGUGAGGAACUCUCUUGUCGAAGCUGUUGUUGAAGGCACUGGAGAUCAUUGUUGCGAAUAUAUGACUGGUGGUUGUGUUGUUGUUCUAGGAAAGGUGGGCAGGAAUGUAGCUGCUGGCAUGACGGGUGGUCUUGCGUAUAUUAUAGAUGAGGAUGACACACUUAUUCCAAAGGUAAACAAGGAGAUUGUAAAGAUCCAGAGAGUAAAUGCUCCAGCUGGUCAAAUGCAGCUUAAAAGCCUUAUAGAAGCUCAUGUUGAAAAAACUGGUAGCAAGAGAGGUAGCACCAUUCUGAGCGAAUGGGAAGCUUACCUGCCCUUAUUCUGGCAACUGGUGCCGCCAAGUGAAGAAGAUGCCCCGGAGGCUUGUGCGGAGUUUGAGAGGGUGAAAGCAGCUGGGCGUGUGGCAGUGCAAUCUAGCUAAAAUGUCUUGUGAAAAUGGACCUAUAAUACCCAAACAUAACUUCUACAGAACAACGAUGAGGCAGAUUCUUAAGCAGGCUCAAAGGAUGGAUUCUCUGGUAAAUAGGCUCUUUUUUUCUGCCGGAAGACACAAUUAGUCAGUUUCAUUGUACAAAAUAAGGUUAAGGGGUGCUGUUGCUGUUGUAUUUUCCAUUUUUUUUGCUUGUGCAUUUUUUGUAUAGUUUGUUACUUUAAUAAAGUUUACAUGUAGAUGUUUAUAACUUCUGCAACUUAUUGGAAAUCUGUAUAGGUUUAUUGUUUGUUUAUCA